AUGACUAGAGCACCAGUGCGAGGUUCCCAGUCACCCAAAGCAGGGAACAACAAACAAAAAAGAAGUCCAAGAGGCAGGCUUAAAGCUGCUGCCCAAAAGAAUUCAGAAAAUCAUGCAGAUAUGCUCAGACGAGGUGAUGAUACGACACAGCUGUUUCCUAGAUUUACGCCACUUCUCGUUACUGUGACCUUGUGGGCGAUUCGUGUCAUAUAUGUUCUCAACCCGAGAAACUGGUGGAUGGUCCAUCCGGACGAGGUCUACCAGUCUGUUGAAGUGGCCCAUAUAGAAACAUUCGGCUAUGGGUUCCGCACUUAUGACUUCACCCCGACAGAACCUCUGUCAGAGGAUACAACCAGAUACCGACAGAUGGAGCUGCAAGCUGGCAUGCACGCGCUGCGGUCUCCGCUGUUUCCUUACUUCUACGUCUUAGUAGCGAACAUUUGUUGGUUGCUAGCAUUGCAAGUGAAUCCAUAUAUGCUAUGGCGGGUGGCCCACGUGACCAUCUCAUCGCUUCUUCCGCUGGCUGUCCAUCAUUGUGUGGCCCGGUUGUACAGAUCUUGGGACAAAGGAUGUGUCUCCGCAAUCCUCGUGGCCACAUCCACCCACCUCAACGUCCUCGGAACACACUGUCUGCUUCAUUCCUUUUUGGCGCCAUUUACUUUUCUGGCUCUGUCCUUGCUUGCUGACUUGUCAAGCGCUGACAGUUUGUUAGUGACAGUAUCACAAGACAGUGAUGCUGUUAAAGCAGACCAGUUUCAUCGUGAGAUGUGCACAUACAACGAACUCAAUAACAACAAUGACAAUUCGAUAAAAUCUUUUCAGAAAUCAGAUACAAAAAUGAAGACAGAAUUGAAUACAACGAAAGCAAAGUCACCAAACGGAGUCCAAAAUCAAUGUGAUUCUAGGGAUAAUAAAACAAAGACGAAUUCUAAGUUGAAACAAAAGGUUAAGACAAGCUGUGUUGCAGAGCAAAGACAUGGAGAAGUAACAACGGCGUCAUUCAUUGCUACACUAACUUGUUAUGUUCGACCGGAUGUUUUCCUGGUCUAUGUCACACAUUUUCUCGUAUUUCCUGAGUUGAGACAGUUUCUCGUUCCCAGGAAUUGCUUUAGCUUGUUUCUCGGGGCAUCUGGCGCACUUGCAAUCGGAAUAGGCACCGAUUUUUGGUACUAUGGAUGGGGCGAGUACAGCUGCCUAAACUGGUUAAAUUUCAACAUUAUUUCAGGAUUUUCCUACAGAAUAUUUGGAGAAAUGAAAUGGUGGUUUUAUCCUGAAAAACUGUUUUUCCACAACUAUGGAGUAACAAUAUUGCUACUAUUUGUGAUUUGUCUUCUACCUUUUCAAGUACUACGGACUCAAAUUGAAAAGAAUUCAAUAGACACAAUUCGAGAUAAAGAAUCUACAAAUAAGACACAGGCGAUGAACCAUAAAAACAGCCUGCGUUCAUGUGCUGUAUGGACAUUUCUUCUCCUGGUAUAUUCCUUGAACAAGCACAAAGAAACCAGAUUUAUUCACGAUGUUAUAACUCUUAUGUUUAUUUCCAUCGCUGACGUUUUAGUAAACACGAAAUUACACAUCAAAUCACAAACAACAUACAAUAAUUUAAUUCGAUUAAUUUUAGUUGUUGUUUUCAGUAACCCAAGGACAGAAUUUGUUAACGAUAUUAAUGAAUGUGUUAAGUAUAUAUCUGAACAAGCAGACGUGACAGGAGUUUUUUACGAUUCAAAUUUAUUUAUGACCGGCGGAAUGUCCCUCCUCCACCAAGACGUGCCGGUUCUGUCAAUUGUUGAAAGCGGAUUCUACGAAUUCGGGCCACGAUCGCGGAAGAAUUACACACAACGAUCUACCACAGACGUAAAUGAUGCCAGCGACUCGAUCAACGAUGUAAGAGUCGUAAAAUCGAUAAAUGAAUUCAACCGAGCAUCUAACUACAUUGCUCUUGCCAAUGCUCCCGCAGUGGUGAGGGUUAUCAUUCGGAAUCCUGCGUACAACUAUCUCGUCAUGAGGCGGGACAGAAAAUUUGUGGACGUUGGCUUCAAAGAAGUAAUCUCUGCCAACAGCAACGCGACCAUUUUGCUGCAUGAGGGGGACGUUCUCUUCCACAUGAACCAGUAUCUGGAGGCCUCAGAAAGGUUCUACCGGGCGGUAACCUUGAACGAAAGUCUUCUGCAUGCUUACCUCCCCUUGCAAAUUUGUUACAGCAAGCUCGGUAAUUGGCUUUGUUUACUUGAUUGUUUGUUGUUCAACCUAACCAGGACCGGUCACCGAGCGACCAACACCCAGUGA